UUGCUAAUUCAUUCUGCGAGAGGAGAAGGAGAAUGAUAAGAAGCGAAGAGAGAAGAAAGAAAAGAGAGAAGAGAUCUUGUAAAUAACGAAACCCUAGUUUUCAUUCCCCUUUUUUUUGCGAAUUUUCACAUUAAUUCAGUUGCAAACUGCUACUGUUACCUCUGAGGAAUCUCUUGUCAUUGCUUCAAUCGCACAAGAUUAAACGAGUUUUGUCGGGUUGUGAAUUUUUAGAAGGACGCCAAGAUGAUGUCAAGAUCGUAUACAAACCUUUUAGAUUUGGCUUCUGGGAAUUUCCCGGCCAUGGGGCGGGAGUCAAAGGAAAGAAGGCGGAUGCCGAGGGUUAUGAGUGUCCCUGGGAUAGUCUCAGAGCUGGAUGAUGAUCAGGCUGUUAGUGUUUCUUCUGAUAAUCCGUCAACUAUUUCUUCUGAUCGAAUGAUCAUUGUAGCAAACCAGCUGCCUCUGAAAGCAAAGCGGAAAGAGGACAACAAAGGGUGGAGUUUCAGUUGGAAUGAGGAUUCCUUGCUUUUACAGCUUAAGGAUGGUUUACCAGAAGAUAUGGAGAUCCUUUAUGUUGGGUCUUUACGUGUUGACAUUGAUCCAGCUGAACAGGAUGACGUUUCACAGUAUUUGUUGGACAAGUUCAAAUGUGUCCCUACUUUUCUACCCCCUGAUGUGUUGGAUAAAUUCUAUGAUGGCUUCUGUAAGAGGCAGUUAUGGCCACUUUUCCAUUACAUGUUACCAUUUUCUACAGAUAAAAGCCAUCGUUUUGAUCGUACUUUGUGGGAAGCCUAUGUUCUGGCAAAUAAGCUUUUUUUUCAAAAGGUAGUUGAAAUAAUCAAUCCAGAAGAUGAUUAUAUUUGGAUUCAUGAUUAUCACUUGAUGGUGCUGCCGACUUUUAUUAGAAGGCGUUUUAACCGGGCUAAGAUUGGAUUUUUCCUACAUAGCCCCUUUCCUUCAUCAGAGAUAUAUAGGACUCUUCCUGUCAGGGAAGAGAUACUGAAAGCUUUACUGAACUCUGAUAUCAUUGGAUUCCAUACCUUUGACUAUGCUCGCCAUUUCCUUUCCUGUUGCAGUCGUAUGUUGGGUUUGGAGUAUCAGUCAAAGAGGGGUUAUCUAGGAUUGGAAUAUUAUGGAAGGACUAUCAGUAUUAAGAUUAUGCCUGUCGGGAUUCACAUGGGUCGGAUUGAAUCAGUUAUGAGAAUGGCAGAUGAGGAGUGUAAGGUAAGGGAGCUUAGACAUAAAUUCGCAGGAAAAACCAUCUUGCUUGGUGUUGACGAUAUGGACAUUUUUAAAGGCAUAAAUUUGAAGAUUUUGGCUAUGGAGCAGAUGCUCAGACAACACCCCAAAUGGCAGGGAAGAGCUGUUCUGGUCCAGAUAGUUAAUCCUCCAAGGGGUAGAGGGAUACACCUAGAGGAGAUACACACUGAAAUACAAGAAAGCUGCAGCAGGAUCAACAGAGUGUUUGGGCGACCUGGUUAUGAACCUAUUGUUUUUAUUGAUAGGUCGGUUCCAAUUGCUGAAAAAGUUGCCUACUACAGCAUUGCUGAGUGUGUUAUUGUCACAGCAGUAAGGGAUGGGAUGAACCUAACUCCUUAUGAAUAUAUUGCUUGUAGACAGGGAUUAUCUAGUUCUGAAUCAAGUUCCAAUGUCUACGACGCAAAGAAGAGCAUGCUGGUAAUAUCAGAAUUUAUUGGGUGUUCUCCGUCACUUAGUGGGGCUAUCCGUGUCAAUCCAUGGAAUGUUGAAGCAACUUCCGAGGCAAUGAAUGAGGCCAUCUCAAUGGGUGAUGCAGAAAAACAGUUACGGCAUGAAAAACAUUACCGAUAUGUAAGCACUCAUGAUGUGGCAUACUGGUCACGUAGUUUCUUGCAAGACAUGGAGAGGGCUUGCACAGACCUUCUUAAGAAAAGAUGUUGGGGAAUAGGUCUUAGUUUUGGAUUUAGAGUUGUGGCACUUGACCCUAAUUUUAAAAAGCUCUCAAUUGAUUCUAUGGUUUCAGCUUACAAGAGAGCAACAAGCAGGGCCAUUUUGUUGGACUAUGAUGGUACUGUGAUGCCACAGAACUCCAUUAAUAAGAGUCCAAGCACGGAAGUCAUCUCUAUUUUAGAAUCACUUUGUGCAGACCCCAAAAAUGUAGUUUUCAUUGUUAGUGGACGGGGAAGGGAUAGCUUAAGCGACUGGUUUAUCCCCUGCAAAAAACUUGGAAUUGCUGCAGAACAUGGGUACUUCUUGAGAUGGUCCGAGAGUGAAGAAUGGGAAAUUUUAGGUAAGUGCACUGAAUUUGGAUGGAUGCAGAUUGCGCAACCUGUAAUGAAACUAUAUACAGAGGCAACCGAUGGUUCCAGCAUUGAACGGAAGGAAAGUGCUUUGGUCUGGCAAUACCGGGAUGCAGACCUUGGUUUUGGAUCUGCUCAGGCUAAGGAAAUGUUAGAUCAUCUAGAAAGUGUUUUGGCCAAUGAGCCUGUUGCUGUGAAGAGUGGCCAGUUUAUUGUUGAAGUGAAGCCUCAGGAUGUGAGCAAAGGCUUAGUUGCUGAAAAGAUAUUCUCAUCAAUGGCUGGGAAUGGCAAACCAGCUGACUUUGUGCUUUGUGUUGGUGAUGACAGAUCAGAUGAGGACAUGUUUGAAAUAGUUAGGAGUGCAAUCUCAAGAAAUAUUCUUUCCCCCAAUGCUUCUGUAUUUGCUUGCACGGUUGGACAAAAACCAAGCAAAGCAAAGUAUUAUCUGGAUGAUACCUUUGAAGUAAUAAACAUGCUAGAAUCUUUGGCGGAAGAAUCAGAUUCUUCUCCUUACAUAGAAGAAACUGGGGAUUCCUCUUGAAGGCAAGUGUGACUAAGGUUUCUCCUGACUUAGAUGGUAUUUUUUUAUUUAUUGCAAUGUAAUAUUCUUUGUGACUUUGGGGCGUUUGCAGAGUAUAUUUCAUAAAGUUUUCCUUGUUUUUUCUUAUUCCUUUCCUCAAUUAUAUAUAACACAUAAGUUUGGGAAAA